GGACGACGCUAUGCUAUUCUUUCUCUCUCUUCAUUUCUGCGGCUAACCUUCAAGUACUAUAUAUGCUAAAGACCCACGAGUAUACACGAGAGACAGUCACCGGACACUGCUACAACACAGACCAUAGAACGAUCCCUAGGCCCUGACCAUCACUACAUACAUCUCCGUACGUACAUCACCUCGGACAGGGCAGUGCCCACUGAUUCCGAACUUGUGAUUGGUCAUGUUGGUCUGGCGCUGUACGCGCGGCCCAGAGUACCGAUAUUUAUUGCAUUUCGAGAUCGAUUUGCCUUGAGGUUGGCCACGUCGCGAUACGCCUGACUCGGAGAUUAACGUUCAACAGCGCUCCUGAGGAAGAACCGUGGCAUCCUCUGCCAGUGGCCUUGACAGAUUGGCAUCAUGAACCCGACGUUGCCGAAUACGAUUGUGCGCAGAAAGCGCUACAACUCAAAGGACCGCUUAGAAAUUGGGUUUAUAGAAUCAACGGAUAUUCAUGAUCAUGUCCUGACGGACCGCUUGAUACUCCAGCCGCUUUCCCAAGCACUCUCCCAACGUUUACCCAUGGACGUCCUCGAGCACAUCAUGGAUUACAUGGACCAGGCGACCCUGUGCCAGUGUGCACGGGUAUGCCGAGCAUGGAAACCACGCGGUGUCUAUCUCCUCCACACGAGAAUCGAACUUCGACGGCGCGUAGCGCUGGAAGCCCUCUCUCGCGCAGCCCAUCGCAACAUCGGAGAGGCCAGAGAGAACCUCGCUUUUACGAAGGAGCUUUGCGUCACAAAUGCCAAGGGACUGGCUUUCUGUCAUGUCGUCCCGCUCACGCUCGGCAAGAUGAUGCCCGCUCUGGAGAGCAUCAUCUUCGACGCGUGCUUGAAGCCGAUGAUGCAUCCUACCUUCUUCAAAUACCUUCCAGCGUUUACAACCGUGGUGAGGCUCACGCUCUCCAGCUUUAAGCUCGCCAACUUCACGGAGCUUCGGAAGAUCCUCUGUGCGUUUCCACGACUGAACCACUUGUCAAUCUCGCACGGAGAGAUUUUGCGAGGGUAUGCCUAUUCGGAUAUACGGGAUGAUGUGCCUUAUGCCACUCUCUACAAGCUGGAGAGGUUGGAACUGGGCGAGCAGCUUGGCACAGUGUUGUUGACGGCUCUGGUCGACUGGUUCGUCAAGUCUUCCUCCUGCCGGGCGAUAUCGCAUCUGGAGAUCCAUCGUAACUCGGACGGAGAUGUUACAUGCAUCAACCGACUUCUGCAUGCGAUUGGAAGCUCAUUGACCGAGCUGAUUGAAUACGGAUCCUUGUAUGAGGGUCGGUUGCACGCUGACUUGGAGAAUAAUACCAAGUUACGCUUUCUCGAGACGUACAUCUCGAGGCGAGUCUGGGAGUCCGAAGGGGUAUCAUGGCCCAGGAUCAUGGACGAGCUCUAUGCUCUUUUCUCCUCUAUCAAAAGCGACUCGAUAGAGGCGAUCGCGUUACAUUGGGUUACCAGGGCCGACACGGACCUUAUAAUGCAUUCAUUGGCCGAGUCGGAGUCGGAUCCGUCUUAUCUACAAAGCGUGCUCAACCGCGCAGUGUUCAGCUCUUUAAAAGACGUUCAACUCACUGUCGAAGCCGAUUCCGCGGAUCACUGGGAUGACAACUGGGCCAAAGCGACGGCUGUGCUCGCGCAAGCCGUCCCUUCGAUGCAAACCUUAUUCUCCCCUUGGGACGAGCGCGGUAUCCUCACUGUGACACCUGUCUAUUGGGAGCUGCCACGAGAGGUGAACAUUGACCCAAGUUCGCCGACGCGAUUGCUCGAUGCAAGUCAUAGGGCCUUCUAUCAACCUACUUACUACGCUCAAGGAUUGCUUGAGCCACAGCAAUCAUACUUAGAAAGGAUGCUAGACUCACACCAUCGCUCGUCGUAUCACCCAAUAUACUUGCACUACUAGAGUUUGCUGUUGUGAUGUAGUCGCACCAGAGGGGGCGUCAGGCGGACAUUCCUUUGCCCCAUCUUGAACUGAGCCGAGCCCCGAAGUUGUAAUACAUUGCGAGCACUGAAUCAACACAGUAAGUGCCAAUUGAGACGCUGCGUAUCGAGAUGGAGGAUGUAUCCAUACGCUUGAGGGGACAAACGUGAAGCCCAGCUGUCGACAUCAUAGUUCAGACGCAGCAACAGAGAGUACAAUAUUAGAAUGGCGCCCGGUGACGGACGCCAUAACUCUCACUCGCAGCCUACAAGAGAAUUGAAAAAGCGAACUUUGAUAUUACUCCGCUGAACUCCAGUAUGAG